AUGACCUAUCAGUCGGUGAGUUCUGUUGCCAAGGCAGAAAGGAUCCCAGCAAGAACUUGAUUUGCCUAUGUUAAUAUCUCUCCUCCUUUAUAUCUACGCGCGUGGUCUAAAAAGCGGCAAACGUUUAUAUUUAUACUGAUUCUGUGCAUUGUUGUCUCAGUGACAGAUGAUGCCAUGAAAGACAAAUUAGAGGAGAUGGAAAGCAUAGACUAUUUAUAUGAGAUUCUUUAGAGGAUACUAGAGUCAAGGCAUUAUGUUCAAGAUUAAAAACCAAACCUGUUGAAGAUCCUCUUUUACUGGACAGGGAAGGAAACCCUCUCCAGAAGAAAAAUCUCCCAAGGUAAAUUUAUCUCGUACCCAAAUCUCUUGUUGACAAAGCUCGCCUUCGGCUCGUCAAUAAGACAUCUGGAUACGAGAUUAAAGGUAAAUGCGUCGAACCAGCAAAACAGUGACCUGUUUCAACCACCUCGCUCCUUGCCAGGAGAGUCUAUUCUUCUGUUUAUUCAGCUCACCAAGAAUAAACUAAAAACGAAACUCUUUCAGCAGGAAAUCCUCGUCCCCUCCCCCUUACUCAUCCUCAAUUAAAACUUGUGUUACAGACCUCUUUAAAAUAGUCUGGGACAAAAUAAGUUCAAAACGUUUUCAAAAUUACUUCGUUUGAUUGGUUUAUCUAAAAUUUUACUUGCAGGCCUGCUCUUUAAACUAAAGCCUUUUUGUUAUGUUUCGCGCACAGAAAUUAACUUAUUGCUAGUUUUAGCCAUCGAGGUACAGCUCUGAUGGUGUGGGAAAAAUGUAAUUUUCUGAACAUCUUUUUAAGGAUGGAAUUUAAAGUAAAUAUCCUGGAGGAAUGUGAAAAGGGGCCAACAGACACAGACAAAGAAAUAUUCUUGAAGAUUCUGAAUAAUGAUACAGCUAAAGAGGUAAUUAAAUGAAGAUUUUCCAAUACGUAGCUAUACGUGUUAAAACGGUUGCUAUCAACUAAGGCCAUAUCGUUCAAAAACUAUGCGGCUGCAGGAUCAGAACCCUGAGUUAAAGGGGAAUUUCUAUUCUGAAAUGCAGUGUCUCACAAAGGCCGAAGACAAACGCUAUGUUAACAUAUCUGCUAAUUUAUGUUAUUACACAGGGUGAUUUUACACUGCAAAAUGAAGAAAUCGAGGACAUCGUUAGCCCGGUCAUUCCUUCAGUCCAGCCAGCCUGUACUGUUAAAGCACAACAAUCACUCGGACUACUCAAAGAGACACAAUCUGAAGGUGAGAAAUGUUCGCAGCGGAUAAAGUACAAAACGUUCCUUGUGGCCGUGUUAUUUAUGAAAAAUUACGUUGGUUGCUUUACUUAUAUUUCAUUUCUUUCAUUUCCAGUAGAAAAAUCAGAGCUACUAUCAGUGGGUCAGUUUGCUUUUGAAGACGUUGAACCCUUUUUGGAUAAGAUAGCUACAGACUCAACGAAGACCACAAUAAAAAAGAAUGACUUUGUGACACUGAAUAGGGGUAAGUUUAAAUGGUGCCAUUAAUUAACAUUCAUCACAACGCCUCUUGUACUGUACUGAAUAGAUAAAAAUUAUCUCCUUUGCUUCGUCUCAAUUUUUGGCAAGAGCCAUAAUGGGACUUGUUUUUGCUCAUUAGAAGAUGAUCCAAAAUCUGAAGAUUUCCUGAAGGACCAACAGCUAUUGGAAUCUCCAUCUCACCUCCCAACCUUUCUGGUUACUGGCGAAAAUAGCUGGAAGUUUAUCAGUGCUCUGGAAAAGUUUAAUUUGUCGACGGACGUUGAAAGGUAAUCACUGUAAUUAGAGUGUAUUUCGACACAACAACAAGUUACUGUUGUCCAAUGCAAGUUCAACACCCUAGGACGCGUUUAAAACUGAAAAAAAUCUUACGUAACCUUUGUUCAAAUACGUUUACGUUUAGCCAGUAAGUUCAAAACCAGUGCUUCUUUUUUUCUAUUGCAACCCACCAAAGACAUCUAUUAAGGUAUCGCAGUGUGUCCAAAGCACAGAGGAGAAUGAGAAGCUUCUCAUUAAAUGAACAUUUGGCGAUGGUCUUUCCUGGUAUGUUCAUAAUCAUGCGUGAGCAUGCACUAAAUUUUCACAUAAAAUUUUCAAAUAUUAGCUAGAUAAAAGGCUCUCACUGACCUGUCCAAACCAACGUAUGGGAAACCAUGAGCAUCCCCUUAUUAAAAGAAACAUUUUUCACCUCCUUAUAGUCGCUUAUGUCUCUUUAGGAACAUUUUUUAGCCAUUUGUUCUUUUAAUCUGCUCUUUUGUCAUCAUAUACGGAAUCAGUUUAAGUAAGGCUCGUAGGUAGACAUGUACAGGCAUUAAUGACUAUAUACUCUAUCUAUUUCUUUUUCUCUUCCAGUACCUAGCACUUCACGAGAAAGAAGAAAGGGACACACCAUGACUUUAGUUCAAGUGGCCUUAAAGAAGUUAACGCUGUCUCAAGAGUGCUGGAGUGGACAGUUAGAAUUAGGACUACCAUGGGAUCCUUUAACUCAGUCAGUGACCGCAAUAGAGAUUUGUCGCGGAAAUCUUCAACGCUUUUCAGCAUGGAAUGAUAAUUCAAAGUAGACAGACUGCAAAUUAUCUUAGUUGCUAAAAAAUAUUUAUCUACGUGUCGCAACUGUUCAUCAGUAGGAUGCCUAAAAUGGGUGCAAUUCCACAAUUGGUUUCGGCUCCAUCAAAUCCUAUACCAAUUGCAGAACAUUUUAGGAGGAGCCACCCACCAUGUGAGCACAGUCACGGACAAUGUAUAAGUGAGGAGAAUAACGCAAAGUAAAAUUAAGACGUUAAUAAACGAACUAAAUGUACACGUCACUUAAAUAAAUAAACAUAUAAUGCGCGCGCUCAAAAUGAAAUUGUACGCGCACACGUACCGAGAUACAUCUGAAAUACAAGACUAUGCAAUAAAUAAGUAAUGUAAGGAUACGAUGGUGCAAUUCAAGCCUGGAUUGCUAAUCUCAUCUCCCGCAGGGCUGCACCAUACUUCUCGACGAUAAGACCAUGGCGACUGAAGAAUUUAUUAAAUGACAAAGCUGAACACCUUGACAUCAGAAGUAGGGCGCAAGAAAAAUCUUCAAGGUGAUAAACAACGUAUCCACAAUGAUGACAUGUGUUUAAAGACAAAUUAUUUUUGUUAGAGUGCAAGCAUUUGAGAAAAGGAAAAGGCUGUAGUAGUUCCAGGUUUUCCGGCCAAGCACGAAAACAAUGAUGAUAAAAAAGCUGCUUAAAGAGAGAGUUUUCAAUACUAUUUCGAGUUCUUCGGUAUCUUUAGAAGUGGUACUAACCUAUCAAAGCAAGGGGAAAAAACUAUCUAAUGAAUUUUAUGAUGGCUCAAAAUUUUUCUAUCCCAUAACCAAAUCAAAACAAGCAAAGAAGAAGAAGCGAAAACCGUGGGCACUAAUUCUUUAUUUGCUUUUGUUGCUACCCUUUUAUUACUAGACCUUCAAUCAAAUGAAAGAUUACCACACACGUCAAUGGAAGAAUCAUCAUGCAAGAUAGAAGCCGAAAGACACCCAGGAAAAUAGGAUGUUCAACAGAGCUCGACAAUCCCAUAACGUCGUAAAUCAAGAUCCAAAGAGAAGCAACACUAAACCAAGACGACAAACGACUGUAAAUCGUUCAUAAACGUUUUUUGGUUAUAAAUAAUUUCUGUAUUUUCUGAAUUAAAACAGCUGUUUAGGGACUCGUUUCACGAGCUUGGACUGCCUUUCAAGCUUCUUGAGUUCGAAAUGACAGGUGCCAAUCAUCCGUUCAAGAGAGUGACGCUCUUUCAAAUGUAUGACAGGUGAUUCAAUACUUUUUGUUGUCGUACAUUGCGAUAACAAUUAGGGAUUUUUAAAUUUAAAAAAAUAAAAACGUCCGAUGUAACAAAGAGAUAAAUCAAGAAAUAUGGAAUCAUUAAUGUUCGUCUUAAAAAGUUCUGCGGUAGGAAGAUUUUGUUAACUUUCGUCAUUCGCAAAGAUCAGUUUAAUCAACUGUGAUGAAAACAAGCAAUGGAGGCAGGUUAAUUUCAUUUUUUAUGAGGCAUUGUGUCUUCCGCUUGCAUAGUAAGACAUCUCGGACUCUGUUGAAGAUAUUCGCUUUAGACGUGAUUGGAAUUGGCAAGUAAUGGGAACUUAAAUCUGUUUCGGUAUAAACCGAAAAAGAUAUAAAUUAGCAUUUCGUUCACAUUUACACUUCUAAAAAUACAGUGGGUACAGCUAAGGUUAUGGAAACUUGGAAAUUGGAAUUGAGAUUAUGGAAAUGUUGGCUACUUAAUAAAUCCCGUAAUUGUCUUCUUUGUAUAGACCUGUCUGAGGAUUCAGGCCAUGUUGUUCUUGGCAGAAAGUGUGGUAUACAAUAAAUCAGUUUUCAGACAAUUUUUAAAAAUUUACAAAGUCUUAAGACCUAAGCCAACUCGGGAUUGAGAAAGAAUCUAUCAUUUUCCAUGACACAAAAUUGAUUUUAUGGUUACUACUAAGUCCAAUCACUCAUUUUUUUGUUAUUAAGGUAAAUAGGGUCAUGGUGGGAAUUUUGGCAUCUUUAUUUUAAAAACAUUUCCUUUUAGCCGUUACCAUAGCAAUAAAGGGGGCUAACACAACAGGUGCUAUGAAGUAGAAUAUUUAUUAACAUUUUCAAGGGGCCAAUCUUUUCUUUGUUUGUUAACAAGCAGAAUUUGACUUGAAAAUGGUAAGUUUAUAUAUUUUCUUGUAUAUUUCAAACAAAUACUGAGACGUUCGAGGGUGAUUCUCGCACUUGAAAGGGCUAAAGGCUCGUACAAUGAUUAGGCAAAGUAAAACAGGUUUGUCUUUGAGAAUUAAAGGUGAAAAUGGCUAGCAAGUUAGGUCAUGCCGUGUAGGAGGACAAUGAAUACAUAAACGUCGUUUUAGGUUUAUGUCUUGUCAGAAUAGACUGUGCACAAUCAUGACGCAAAAUCCGGAUGAUGAACAAGUUAUGUAAGGAAUAUUUCCGACAGGUUAAAGCGUCUUUGGUUGCAGAACAAAUUUUUAGCUAAGAGAAUAUCUUUUGACACGUAUCGAGGCAUUUUAAUAUUUCAACUAUCACGAACAUUAGUGUACAACGUUCGUUUAUCACUCAUCAUAGCCUUUUUAUAUUUGUAGGCUAAUAUAAAAUUAUUCGCUGGUUCUAGAGGCUAAUUGAAGUGCAAAGAAAACUUCACAGUCUUCUAAAAAUGCUCUAAAAUUUCUUUUACUUGUGUUCAUGUUAACAAGAUCUAAUUUACCCGGAACCCAAAAUCCAUAAUUAAGGCCGAUUAAAAUGCAUAGAAUUCAUUACAUCAAAUUUUGUGCACACGAAUCGAAAAUUAAAAUAUUUGAAGUUUCUUGUCAGUGAAUGAAUCGAUCAAAAUCCUUAUGUUUUGGGAUUCCAAAUAUUUUUUUGGGGUCGUAAAAAUGUCAUUAUAAACGCUCACUAUAAAGGAUAAUCUUCUAGUACAAAAACUGCCUCGAUUUAUCGUCAAACUGUGCUUUGGAAUAAAAACAUUAAAAUACUGCGACCGUAAUUAAUAAUUGAUGUUUCAGUGACAGCUUUAUUUCCAGAAAAUAGCAACGGGCCUUUUCGCCCAAUCAGCUAGGGUAUUUUCUAUCGUUAUUUACAAUACAUUCACGAAAAAGCUUCGAUGUUAUAAAAGUCAAUAACUGCAAAAAAACUAACACGUUUCUUUUGCACAAAAAUAACCUUCUGGAUAGUUCAACUUGUAGCAAAAAUAAGCUACUUAUCUUAGUGUUUGUAACAAUUUUUAGCUCAUCCUUAUUCAAAUUAACCAAGCUGCAAAGGGAUUCGAAUAGAAUUAUCUGUAGUUACCUUUUUUUUUUAACCACUUUUCAUUUACUUCUUUUCUCCUCUCGUAGGAUGCCUUGACUCGAGAACAACUUGGAGGUAACGGAAAAUGUCUAGUUUUUCUGAAUAUUUUCCAUUAUUUUUGAAGUAAUUUUGGUCUAUUUUUCAACGAUUUCACGCUGUGUAUAGUUCAAGGUGCACAGUUAGAGACCCCUACGAUUUUUUGUAUUGACGGGUAAACAUCGCACAACCUGACUGGUCUCAAGCCACAUUUCAGUGAAUAUGCUUAAGGAAUUUCUAUUCGUUUAUCGCCUGUUUCAUUCAACAAAUACAUUUUCUUGUUUUUUUUUUUCAUUUUGUCAUUAUUCUCGUGGCAGUGAAGGAACGUUUUAAAUUAGCUGUUCAAAUACUUUUCUUCUAGCUGAAUAUGAUAUUAAUCGUUUUACUGUCAUGUUCGAGACUUCAUUUCCUUAAACCACACGCGUCCAUUAUAUAUCUUGUCCUUUACAAGAUCGUUACAAAUUCUUGCCUUCUGUUACAUUCGCUCGCAUUUCGUCAGGGACAACAUAGAAACAUGGAUAGCCUGCUUGUUGCUAAGUAUCUAACGCUUCAUUGUGUGGUCCAUGUCGCCAUUAAAUAAGAAAAAUGCGUUGAAAAUACCAAAUUUAUGGGAAUUCCAUAAUAACUAUAUCCUGAAAAAUGUCAGUAAUAUCGAGAAAUGUCGAUUGUCUACAGGGUUCAAAUGUUUGGAUAAAGGAGUAUUACGUAUUUGCCAAAAGAAUAUUUGGUUGGAUACGUUUAGCCAUUGGAUUUGAUGGUUAAAUCUUAAUCAAAGUUUUUAACUCUGGGGUCUUCAUUCACUUUGACAAAACGUCGAUUACUGUCAUCAGGAGUCCUGCUCUGGAAUACUGUCAUUAAUGAACAGUUCUCACCUCACUAAUUACAUGACUCAGUUCUUGAUUCAGACUUAUUACAAGGAAACUUGUAACAUGAUGAAGUUGAUUUUGUUUUCUUUUAGAAUAUCGCGAAGCUUUCAAAUGUUUUGAUCUCAAUGAAAAUGGAACACUGUCAACUAAGGAACUUAAGUAUGCUAUGCGCAUGCUCGGAUCAAACCCAACAGAUGCUCAGAUACAGCAGUUGGUGAAUGCCAAGGAUUUUGAUGGUAAGAUACUACAGCGCAGUGCUGUUUGACCGUGUGACGGGAUUGGAACCACAAAACGCCCUAUAAUAACGUUCUCAAGCUGCGUUUUACAGCCAGACAUAGUUAGCCAAUACGUGACUCCUCUUUGCUUUUAAUCCUUAACUCCUCCUUCAAAAUCACUUUUAGAAGUUAUUUGAAACACGAGUUACAGUACUUCAUCACAGUAUUAAACAUCUCAAAGCUAUGGUUUCGUGUUUUUCAAUUUUUUCUUCAGUGUUUGAUAAGCUGUGAAACACCGAAACUAGUGUUUGAAGUUUAACGUGAGGUGACAAACUAUGUAUAAAGGAUCAACUUAACUAUAUAACCCUUUUCCCUCAACAUAAUUCUGUAAUUCAUUCCAGAGUUAUCCACCUUACAUCAGUAAAGAAAAAGAUCGCAAUCCGCAAGACGUACAUCUCUUUUACGACUUUGUUCUGCACUUAUCCUACAAUAAUUUUUGUUUAAAUGACAGGUGAUGGUACUAUUAAUUUUGACGAAUUUGUCACUAUAAUUGAGGACGAAAACAGCAUCGAAGAAGACGAAAACUUGUUCAUGAUUUUUGGAGUCUUCGAUCCUGAAAAUAACGGAUAUAUUGACGGAGGACACAUUAAAAGAUCAUUGCAAAGUUUAGUCGAUGUUCCACCAGAUGAAAUAGAAGACAUAAUACAAAACGCAAGAAUCACAGAUGAUAGAAAAUUUGCCUUGGAAGGUUAGGAUAUUUUGUUUAACAAGAACUAAUCUUUUGCUGAUCCUUGAUUUUCAGAACCUGAGUGAAUGAAAUGCUUAAUCCAUUAAAAAGUUUUUACUCGAGUCGUAACUUACGAACUAUCAGAUAGCUGCAGAUGAAUUCAGGGAAUUCUCCUUUUGACAUUUCAUAUAAAAUUAUGCCAGGGACGGAUCCAGGAUUUUUUUUUUUAGGAGGGGGUGCACUCGUCUCUUGCUCUACUUCAACACCAAUAAACCACAUAGUGUUUUUUUGGCAGAAUGCCAGUUGUAUUAGAAAACCGCUGGUCAUCUCAGGGGGAGGGGGGGUUGCGCACCCCCUGCACCCUCCCCCUAGAUUCGCCCCUGUAUGCAUACAUAUGUACGUGGAUGGGACGACAUUUAAGAGAAAGUGUUCUCUGGGGUAUCAUCAUGUGGCCUGAAAUGGGAAAAACAAAACACAAAAGCUAAAAGGUCUAUUGUAGCCUGCGUAGCAAGCGUUUCCACGCGAGGUUCGUCUAGAAAGCUAGGACAAGAGCAAAAAAAGAAUGAAUGACGGGGGAGGGGGAGGGGAACGAAGGAACCGCUUGCCCGCAAACCCCACGAUUUUGAAAAACUGCGUUCGCCCACGAACGCAGCUUCUGAUUGGCGCGGUGCGGGUAGUAUUGAUUACUUAGCAUUCGAAACAUCAAUCAAACCAGGUAUGCUUUGUUUUCGUGCGUCACAGAUCUGGUCUCAUCUGAUUUGUGGUCGCAGAUUACAAAUGCUUUGGACUGAUAUUUAUUGGAAUCGUGUUUGUGCGAAGGUUUAUGAGAUCAGAGUCUUCAAAGUAUAAUUGGAGAUCGAGCAGUGGAGACUAGGGAAGGCCAAUUUAUUGAGAAUGAUGGCGUGCGGAUCUGACUGGAAAAAUGGACUGUUUGUUGGAGAUAACAUCAACAUCAGAACAUCGGUACUCGACACUAGCUAAAGCCGCCAUGGACAAGCGAUUUGUCAGCUUUUUGAAAUGUAAAGAUUCUUUUUGUUAAUUGGAAAUUUAGCGGCAUCUAUUGUAGAGAACGUUUCGACACAGGCUGAAGAGCAGCCGCUCUGCAAAACUUAUACCCGGCGGAGUGAAUUGUUCCGGACAAAUCAUUUUUGAAGUGUCGACAAGAUUUCAGACGAAAUAAAGCCACACAAUAAAAAACAAGAAAUUCCGCAGCAAUCACUCAUAGUUUUAACUUUCUUUUAUCGCAAAUCUUUUUUAUUACAGUUCUUGCAAUCGCCUGCAACGUGUUCGAUUAGAGAACAAAGUAAUUUUACAAAUCUGGUAAUCCAGGGGUAAUCUGUUCGUUAUGUUUCUAUUUUGACGAGCUGUCAAUUUACAAAUGAACCGAACCGUGAAAUAUCAAGGGGCGUUUUCCAGAAUCGUGGGGUUUGCGGGCAAGCGUUUCCUCUUGUCCCCUCCCCCUCCCCCUUCAACCUCUUUUUUGCUUCCGCUCUUAACUUUCGCGCAAUAACUCGAUUGGAAACGCUUGCUACGCAGGCUAGGUCUAUUGCCACCAUUUCCUCAUGCUUACCAUCCACUCUACUUCGCAUGCUCUGAGAUAAACUUACCGCGAGACAUUUUUUUUGUUCCAUUACCCAGAGUUCUCCGCUCUCCUUGUUCCACUCAUCUUCAGCAGGAAAAGAGGCCGCUAUUACCAUGGCGACAGAAGGAGCUGGCACAGCUCAAGAGACAAUAAUAUUUAUUCAGAAGAAAGUUCUUCCGAAGAAAGUGCUUCUGAAGAAAGUUCACUCACGAAGUUAUAAAUUAAAUAUUUAUUACGUUUUUUGGAGCAUUUGUUACUAAAAAGUGUAGAUAUUUGUACAACAAAUAAAUAUAAGGU